ACGAUCGAAUGCGGUGGUACACAUUUGAUUAGGAGUCAACGCAAUUGUAGUAGUUCUCUCAUAAGUUGAUUGGUUAAAAUUGAUUUUAGCUUAAAUCAUGUAUCGUCUGGAGUUUGUUUGUUCGCUUGCAAUUCUUGCAUUGUUUGCAUUGAAUGUGGUAUUCUGUGGAAAGAGUGCUUUAUCGGCGUUGGAUGAAAUGGAGAGCCAUCCAAAUGACGAUACGUCUACAAAUAUCGAUUCUGAUUUUCUAUUGAACACUGACAAAAUUUUAAAACGUGAUAAACGGUAUCUCUUAUGGACCAAUGGCGGAAUAUCAAAGAUAGUGUUGGGCUUUCUGGCGCCGGUCGAAACUCGAGAUCGUGUCAAUUGGCGAACAUUAAAUUUGGCGUACAACUAUCAAGCGCAAUACAUCCCGAUUCCCAAUACCACAUUCCUGUGGACUCGUUUUGCGCGCGAUUUACGCUCCCAAAGAAAAUUGUAUGAUCAAAAUGGCAUUUAUGCAAGGGAUUUUACACGUGAACUGAUUUAUGGAGCUUUGGAAUUGUUCAUGGAUACCAAAGGGAAACCGGGUCGUGAAUGUUUGUUGAAAUCAAUUUGUGAUGCGGCCGAACAUCCCAUUGUCCAUGGCAGCAUUUUCGAUGAAAUCGUUCAUCUGAUUCUAUCACCCAGCACAGAUGAAGCAAUCAAUGAUGAUUACAAAAAUGCACGAUAUGCUGGCGAACAUGGUGCGGAUUGUGGCCAACUCUAUCAUCGUUGCCAAUUCGGAGAUGGAUUCCUGGAUAAAUUCUCGUAUUUGACAUAAGCAGACGACCACAUUGUGCAUGCAAAUGAUCGCAAAAUGUUUGAAUUAGACACCAA